UUAACAAACUUGAUUCCUUUGAAUGUUGUGAGCUCACAGUCAGUGUUCCUGUUUUACCUCUCAGACUGACUUCAGAUCAGAAGAUGAGUGAUGUGGAGGAAGAGGAGGACGGAGCAGAGUCUGUACUAUCCGGCUGUCAGUCUAUGAAGAGUGACCGGUCCAAAGUUCUUCCUCUAGAGUUCAGUAAUGAACCUGGACCCUCAGACACAAAACUGACUUCAGAUCAGAAGAUGAGUGAUGUGGAGGAAGAGGAGGACGGAGCAGAGUCUGUAGUAUCUGGCUGUCAGUCUAUGAAGAGUGACGGGUCGAUGCCACGUUCUCUGAACUUUAGUAAAGAACCUGGACCCUCAGACACAAAAGUUCAGUACAACACACAGAGAGCAGGGUCUGUAGUAUCACGCUGUCUGUCUAUGAAGAGUGACCGGUCCAAAGUUCUUCCUCUAGAGUUCAGUAAUGAACCUGGAUCCUCAGACACAAAAAAGAAGAGGAGUGAUGUUUCUAAGGAGCAGCCUUCCAGAUCCCGAACCAGAACUAGACUGCAGACAGCCGGUCAGACCAGCACUGUUCAAAUGAUUGGUGGUCAGCAUAAAUAUAAGAUCAGUGUGAAGAGGACAUGUAAAUGUGUAACUGAAGGAGCUGAUACAACAAGUGGAACUCCCCUCAACAGGAUCUACAUUGCGCUCUACAUCACAGAGGGAUGGAGUGGAGAAGUUAAUACCCAACAUGAGGUUUGGCAGCUUGAGACAGCUUCCAAGAUGAAGACUUUCCAUGACGCUCCAAUCAAGUGCUGCGACAUCUUUAAAGCCUUACCUGACCAACAGAAACACAUCAGAGUCGUUCUGAUGCUCGGCGUUGCUGGCGUUGGAAAAACCUUCUCAGUGCAGAAGUUCUGUCUGGACUGGGCUGAGGAUUUGGAAAACCAAGAUAUCAGUCUGGUGAUUGCACUUUCGUUCAGGGAGCUGAACUUGAUCAAAGAUGAGCAGUACAGUCUUCUGGAGCUGCUCCGUGUUUUCCAUCCAGCAUUACAGGAGCUCACAGCAGAGCAGCUCGCUGGCUCUAAAGUUCUCUUCAUCUUUGACGGCCUGGAUGAAAGCAGACUUUCACUGGAUUUCAACAACAAUGAGGUUGUUUCUGAUGUCACACAGAAGUCAUCGAUCAACGUGCUGUUGACAAACCUCAUCGAGGGGAAGCUGCUUCCCUCGGCUCUCUUCUGGAUAACUUCCCGACCUGCGGCAGCUGAUCACAUCCCUCCUGCUUGUGUUGACAGGGUAACAGAAGUACGAGGCUUCACUGACGACCAGAAGGAGGAGUACUUCAGGAAGAGAGUCGGUGAUGAAGAGAUGUCCAGCAGAAUCAUCUCCCACAUCAAGACAUCCAGGAGCCUCGACAUCAUGUGUCUGAUCCCAGUCUUCUGCUGGAUCACUGCUACAGUUCUGGACCACAUGUUGACUACAGACCAGAGAGGAGAGCUGCCCAAGACCCUGACUGACAUGUACUCACACUUCCUGCUGGUUCAGACCAAGAGGAAGAAGCAGAAGUAUGAUAAGGGACAUGAGUUGAGUCCACAGGAGCUGACGGAGGCUGACAGGGAAGUUCUUCUGAAGCUGGGGAGGCUGGCGUUUGAACAGCUGAAGAAAGGAAACAUCAUGUUCUACCAAGAAGACCUGGAGUGCUGUGGUCUGGAUGUCACAGAGGCCUCGGUGUACUCAGGAGUUUGUACACAGAUCUUGAAUAGAGAGAGUGUGAUCUUAAAGAAAACAGUCUACUGCUUUGUUCAUCUGAGCGUUCAGGAGUUUCUGGCUGCAAUCUACUUCUACCACUGUUACACCAACAGGAACACAAAGGUACUGGAGGACUUCCUGGGGAAGAUGUCUCUGGAUGUCUACUUGCAGAACGCAAUGGAGAAAUGCCUUAAAAGUAAGAAUGGCCACCUGGACCUGUUUGUCCGCUUCCUUCAUGGCCUCACUCUGGAGUCAAACCGGAGACUCUUAGGAGGCCUGCUGGGUGAGACAGACAACAGUCCAGAAGUCAUUCAGAGAGUCAUCAACAACCUGAAGAAGAUGAACAGUGAUAAAAUCUCUCCUGACAGAAGCAUCAACAUCUUCCACUGUCUGACGGAGAUGAACGAUCACUCAGUCCAUCAGGAGAUCCAAGAGUUCCUGAAGUCAAAGAACAGAUCAAAGAAGAAACUCUCUGAGAUCCACUGCUCAGCUCUGGCCUACAUGCUGCAGAUGUCAGAGGAGGUUCUGGAUGAGUUGGAACUGGGGAAGUACAACACAUCAGCGGAGGGACGACUGAGACUGAUUCCAGCUGUGAGGAACUGCAAAAAGGCUCUACUUUCUGGCUGUGGACUCUCUGAGACUCACUGUGAAGUCGUGGCCUCAGCGCUGACGUCUAACCCCUCCCAUCUGAGAGAGCUGGACCUGAGUAAGAACAAGCUGCAGGACUCAGGAGUGAAGUUUCUGUCAGCUGGAUUAAAGAGUCCAAACUGUCGACUGGAGACUUUGAGAAUGUAUCGCUGCAGUUUGUCAGAGAUCAGCUGUGCUCAUCUGGCCUCAGCUCUGAAGUCCAACCCCUCCCAUCUGAGUGAGCUGGACCUGGGUAACAAUGAGCUGCAGGAUUCAGGAGUGAAGCUGCUGUGUGGUUUUCUGGAGAGUCCACAAUGUAGACUGGAGAUUCUGGAAUUGUAUCACUGCGGUUUGUCAGAGAGCAGCUGUGCUUCUCUGGUCUCAGCUCUGAAGUCCAACCCCUCCCAUCUGAGGAAUCUGGAGCUGGGUCUCAACAAGCUGCAGGAUUCAGGAGUGAAGCUGCUGUGUGUUUUUCUGGAGAAUCCACACUGUAAACUGGAGACUCUGAGAUGGAAUUGGCCGUGGGGAUCUGCGUCAGAGUGAUCAGAAAGUUUGAUGUGUUGAGACACGAUGUGGAGUCCACCAUCAUCCCUGUGGGUUCCUCUGGAUCUGACAGUAUCAUCAGUGUAUCUGGACUGCUCUGCUGCUGCUCGGUCCUUCUACACAGUCUCUGCAGACACACUGAGACUCCUCCACUCCUUCUGCUCCACACUCAACCACCUCCUCCACCCUCCACCUGGACCUGGGUUUCAUCUUCUCUUUAUACAGUUAGAUAUUCUAAACCCAAAGUGCCUCUGCAGAUUAGUUCUGUUUAUAAACAACUGUACAUUAACACAUUUAAAUAGAUAUGUCUGCUUUGCUUUCUGUUGCAGCUCCAUCCUGUGGAACAAUGCAGUAUUGCAGUUAAUUCCCACAUAUUUCUAAAUAAUAUAAGUUCAAAUCGCAUGUAUGAAGUUACUUAAUUACCACCAAUACCAGCCGAUUCUUAUAUUAUAACAGAUAAAUAUUUGCUUGUAACAAACAGAAGAUAAAACCUGAAUUGAAUCAAGACUACUGAAGUUUCUCAACCGACUACAAACAGAUUAUGUCUGGAUAUUGAUAUUUUAUUUUGGAAAUCAUUUUUGAUGUGAAGUGAUUAACAUGCGGACUGUAGUUUCUAUUAUUGAUUGUGUGUGUCUAUAAAAAAUAUUGCAAGUAGGAAAAUAAUCUUUAUUAAUAAAUA